AUGCGGGAUGGAGCGGUGGAUACGUAUCGUCACAGGGAAGGCACUGAGAGGGCGCACUUCGCCACCUGUCCGCGUCAUCGCGAACUGGACGAAACUUUGUCUACAGAAAAGUCAAUGAGAGACCGUGCUUCUAACGAACCUGUAUUGAAGCAGAGAUAUGAUGGCUGGUAUAACAAUUUGGUACAUCCUGAAUGGGGCUCUGUAGAUAGUAGACUGAUAAGAAAAGUACCGGCUGCAUAUUCUGAUGGGGUCUAUACGAUGGCGGGUCAAGACAGACCGUCAGCCAGAAAAUUAAGUGAUCUUUUUAUGGAAGGAGAGGAUGGAUUGCCUUCAAUUACGAAUAAAACUGCUCUUUUUGCUUUUUUUGGUCAACUGGUUACAUCAGAGAUAAUAAUGGCCAGUGAAAGUGGCUGUCCAAUUGAAUUCCACCGUAUUGAUGUCGACAAGUGCGAUCCGAUUUUCGACAAAGACUGCCAAGGUAAUAAGUACAUCCCAUUUCAGCGGGCAGAUUACGACCAACAAACGGGCCACAGUCCUAAUAGCCCGCGAGAACAGAUAAAUAAAGUAACUAGCUGGAUAGACGCAAGUUUUAUAUAUUCCAGUAGCGAAGCCUGGGCUAAUACAAUGCGUUCAUUCAAGAAUGGUAGUUUCCUCAUGGAACCAACAAGAAAAUUUCCAGUGCGCAAUACUAUACGCGCACCUCUAUUCAACAAUGCCGUUCCCAAUGUCAUGCGCUCACUUAGUCCUGAAAGGCUUUAUUUGCUAGGUGAUCCAAGGACAAAUCAGCACCCUCCUCUUCUUGUUUUUGCCAUUUUAUUCUAUCGAUGGCAUAAUAUUCUUGCAGCACGGGUACAGUACAAAUAUCCUGAAAUGGCAGAUGAAGAGGUAUUUCAACGAACACGAAGAAUUGUCGUGGGCACUCUACAAAAUAUUAUAAUGUACGAGUAUCUACCCUUGCUGCUUGGGGAAAAAAUUCCAGCGUAUAAGGGUUACAAGUCGGAUCUCCACCCAGGUGUCAGUCACAUAUUCCAAAGUGCCGCUUUUCGAUUUGGUCACACGAUGAUACCUCCAGGUAUUUAUAGACGAGACGAACAGUGUAAUUUUAGAAAAACAAGUAGAGGUCAACCAGCUAUUCGACUCUGCACCACUUGGUGGGAUUCUAACGAAAUCCUAGCAAACAGUACAGUGGACGAGCUGCUAAUGGGACUAGCAUCGCAAAUAGCUGAGCGUGAAGAUAAUCUCCUGGGAACCGAUAUCCGCAACAAUUUGUUCGGGCCAAUGGAGUUUUCAAGACGAGACUUAGGAGCUUUGAAUAUAAUGCGAGGCCGAGAUAACGGUCUACCGGACUAUAACACAGCUCGCAUGCAUUUUGGGUUGUCGUCUCGUAAAACCUGGAACGACAUUAAUCCCGUGCUUUUCAAGCGUAAUCCCAAAUUGCUCAGAGAUUUGAUGGAGAUAUAUUCGAACAAUUUGAAUAAUGUCGACACUUAUCUAGGUGGUAUGUUAGAGUCGAUAACGGGACCCGGAGAGCUCUUCACCGCCGUCAUCAAGGAUCAAUUUUUGAGAUUAAGAGAUGCUGAUAGAUUCUGGUUUGAGAAUGAGCAAAAUGGAAUUUUUACGAAAAACGAGAUAGAAGACAUUAAAAAAGUAAGACUGUGGGACAUAAUCUCAAACACAACAAAUAUAAAUACGAAUUCAAUUCAACAUAAUGUCUUUCUAUGGACUGAUGGAGAUCCUUGUGAACAACCGUAUCAACUUACCCCUUCGAUGCUCGAACCGUGUGUACCACUUCAGCGUUACGAUUACUUCGAGGGUAGCGAGCUCGUGUACAUAUACGCCUGCAUUUUUCUCGGAUUCAUCCCAAUUAUAUGCGCGGGAAUAGGAUAUGGACUAAUUAAACUUCAGAAUCGCAAGCGUCGACGACUGAAGAUCCUCCAAGAAACAAUACAGACGAGAAAUAAUGGUGAUAGCAAAAUCUGCGUUGACAAAAUGAUAGUACGUGAGUGGUUACAUGCUAAUCAUCGUAGAAUGGUAAAAGUCAAAUUUGGACCUGAACCUGCACUAUACAUCGUUGACCGUAAGGGUCAAACACUGAGGACAUUCAAUUUUAAGGAUGUCGACAGUGUCAGUAUUGAACAGUCCCAGGAGAAUGUGUCUGAACAUUGCAAAGGUCUGGUACUACUACACAUUCCGCGCGAUUAUGACCUUGUUCUAGAACUCGACUCAAUUGGCUCACGACGGAAGUUUCUCACGAAACUGGAAACCUUUCUUACAUCGCAUAAGAAACAUUACGUCCUCGUCCAAACAAAUCGUGAAGUAAUGCUAGCUAAAGCAGAAACAAAAGAACGACGGCAAAAGAAACUCGAACAGUUCUUUCGAGAAGCAUAUGCUUUAACAUUCGGUUUGCGACCGAAUGAACGUCGUCGUUGCCCUGAGACCAGUAACAGCGGCGAAAUAGUUACUGUGAUGCGUACUUCUCUGUCCAAAAGUGAAUUUGCCAGUGCUCUAGGCAUGAAGGCAGAUGCUGUUUUUGUAAAGAAGAUGUUCAACAUCGUAGACAAAGAUAGCGAUGGACGUAUUUCCUUCCAAGAGUUUCUGGACACCGUAUUGCUUUUCUCGCGUGGAAAAACUGAAGAUAAACUCAGAAUUAUCUUCGAUAUGUGCGAUAAAGACAGUAAUGGUGUUAUCGAUAAAGAGGAACUCUCAGAAAUGUUGAGAUCCCUCGUUGAAAUUGCAAGAACAACUAGCUUAUCUGAUGAUCAUGUCACGGAACUUAUUGAUGGAAUGUUUCAAAAUGCAGGGUUGGAAAGAAAAAAUUAUUUAACGUACAACGAUUUUAAAUUAAUGAUGAAAGAAUAUAAAGGAGAUUUCGUAGCAAUUGGUUUGGAUUGUAAAGGUGCCAAACAGAAUUUUCUAGAUACGUCAACAAAUGUUGCUCGUAUGACGAGUUUUCAUAUUGAACAACUUCCACCAGAAGAUUCGAAAGGUUUUGCUCAUAAACAGUGGGAUGCACUAUCAACAUUUCUUGAGGAAAAUCGACAAAAUAUAUACUACCUCUUCAUAUUUUAUGUAAUUACUAUUAUUCUUUUUGUGGAAAGAUUUAUUUAUUAUUCAUUUAUGGCGGAACAUACGGACUUGCGACACAUAAUGGGGGUAGGUAUUGCGAUAACUCGUGGAUCGGCAGCCGCUCUCUCUUUCUGCUACAGUCUUCUGUUGUUGACCAUGUGCCGAAAUAGUCUAACCAAACUGAAAGAAUUCUCGAUGCAACAGUAUAUACCCCUUGAUUCUUAUAUUCAGUUUCAUAAGAUUGUUGCCUGUACAGCGGGAUUUUUUUCAAUCCUCCAUAGCAUUGGACAUAUUGUCAAUUUCUAUCACGUUUCCACGCAACCAUUGGCUCACCUUCGAUGUCUCAGCAGUGAGCUCAGCUUUGCAAGUGACGCGAGACCCACUAUUUCCUUCUGGUUUUUCAAAACUAUUACAGGAAUUACAGGAAUACUUCUAUUUAUUGUGAUGACAAUAAUAUUUGUUUUUGCCCAUCCAACCAUAAGACAAAAAGCAUACAAGUUUUUUUGGAAGACUCACAGUUUAUACAUUUUACUAUAUGCAUUAUCUUUGAUUCAUGGUUUAGCAAGAUUGACUGGAUCCCCGCGAUUUUGGUUGUUCUUCAUCGGGCCGGCCAUUCUAUUUGCAGUUGAUAAGGUGGUGAGUCUGCGUACCAAAUACAUGGCUCUGGAUUUAAUCGAAACUGAAUUGCUACCAUCAGAUGUAAUUAAGAUCAAAUUUUAUCGACCUCCGAAUUUAAAAUAUCUGUCGGGGCAGUGGGUGCGAUUAGCCUGCAGCGUUUUCCGCUCAAAUGAAUUCCACUCCUUCACGUUAACCUCGGCGCCGCAUGAAAAUUUCCUUUCAUGCCAUAUCAAAGCUCAGGGACCAUGGACCUGGAAAUUGCGAAAUUAUUUUGAUCCAUGCAACUAUAAUAUAGAGCUUGAGCGUCCAAAGAUCAGAAUCGAAGGUCCCUUUGGGGGUGGUAAUCAAGACUGGUACAAGUUCGAAGUUGCGGUAAUGGUUGGCGGAGGAAUUGGCGUUACGCCCUAUGCCUCUAUGCUUAAUGAUCUCGUAUUCGGUACAUCAACUAAUAGAUAUUCUGGAAUGGCGUGCAAAAAGGUUUAUUUCUUAUGGAUUUGUCCAUCUCAUAAACAUUUUGAAUGGUUUAUCGAUGUUUUAAGAGACGUUGAAAAAAAAGAUGUAACAAAUGUUCUUGAAAUACAUAUUUUUAUAACACAGUUUUUUCAUAAGUUUGAUUUAAGAACUACAAUGCUCUAUAUUUGUGAAAAUCAUUUUCAUAGACUAUCGAAAACAAGUAUUUUUACCGGUUUAAAGGCGAUUAAUCAUUUUGGAAGACCUGAUAUGACUUCAUUUUUAAAAUUUGUUCAGAAAAAACAUAGUUAUGUGAGUAAAAUAGGAGUUUUUAGCUGUGGCCCACUUCCACUUACCAAAAGCGUCAUGUCUGCAUGUGAUGAGGUGAAUAAAGGUCGACGACUACCGUACUUUAUACACCACUUCGAAAACUUUGGGUAAACAUGGCUUGUAAUUGUUGAUAAUAUUCUGUUAUUCUGAUAUUCAGCCUUUACAAAUUAAUUAAAAAUAAUUUAUUUAUUUUUUCGAAAUAUAUUUAUCAAGAAUUUAAGAAACAGUUUGAAAAAUCAGUUGCAUAUGUACUUGCUAAACAAUCUAGCAACUAAUAUAUGUAUGUGUAUAUGUAUGCAUUUGAUGUGCAAGUUUUAUCCUUAUUUAUUAGAAUAGCAUAUUAUACAAUUUAA